UUUCUGUGUGCGCUCCUCUUACAGACAGUGCGGUCCUGAGCGUCGCCUCUACGUGGAGGAUUACAGUAACCCUGUAGUCGGUGAUGAGUCAGAGUGCGUGGUGCUGAUGCUGCUGCCAUUUCAUCACCUCUGCGAGCGCAGCAUCCGUCCCUCCUCUCUCCCUGCGCCUGGGCCUACCUCGCCUCAGGCUCCCAGGCCAACGAUGCGCUCGUGGCCGAUCUAGAUCAGGACCGAGCCGCGCUCUCUGAGGCCUCGGCCGGGCGCCCCCAUCUCGCCGCCCACGGCCCGGGCCGAGGAGACCUGCCGAGCCCCGGCCAUGGAGGCCAUCUGGCUGUACCAGUUCCGGCUCAUUGUCAUCGGGGAUUCCACGGUGGGCAAGUCCUGUCUGAUCCGCCGCUUCACCGAGGGCCGCUUUGCCCAGGUUUCGGACCCCACGGUGGGGGUGGAUUUUUUCUCCCGUCUGGUGGAGAUCGAGCCAGGAAAACGCAUCAAGCUCCAGAUCUGGGAUACCGCAGGUCAAGAGAGGUUCAGAUCCAUCACGCGUGCCUACUACAGGAACUCAGUAGGUGGUCUGCUCUUAUUUGACAUUACCAACCGCAGGUCCUUCCAGAAUGUCCAUGAGUGGUUAGAAGAGACCAAAGUACACGUUCAGCCCUACCAAAUUGUAUUUGUUCUCGUGGGUCACAAGUGUGACCUGGAUACACAGAGGCAAGUGACUCGCCACGAGGCAGAGAAACUGGCUGCUGCAUACGGCAUGAAGUACAUUGAAACGUCAGCCCGAGAUGCCAUUAAUGUGGAGAAAGCCUUCACAGACCUGACAAGAGACAUAUACGAGCUGGUUAAAAGGGGGGAUAUUACCAUCCAGGAGGGCUGGGAAGGGGUGAAGAGUGGAUUUGUACCAAACGUGGUUCACUCUUCAGAAGAGGUUGUCAAAUCAGAGAGAAGGUGUUUGUGCUAGUCAGCCCUUUUAUCUCCAAAACAUGCUCUCCCACCUGAACUUAAAAGUGACCAAAAUGAAUAGAAUCAUCGUGCGACUGAAGAGAACUCAACCUCCAUAUUGGAUACCAAGUGAGCCUGCUCCCCAAGGGGCCCUUGGACAGGUGAUGGGCGGGUGGGUGGGGGAGCCUGGGUGCUGGAACUGGCACUGUUUUGUGGCCCAUGCUGGGCAGUGGCCGCUCUGUGUGCCCUUUGUGGACCGCAUGUCAAGGAACUGAGGUCUGGGGAGCUAGGCCCCAGAAAAGUACACCCACAGUCAGGACAACUAUUUCUUGGUAUUUCAGCUCAUUCAUAGGUCACGAUCAUAAAGAAAUAUGUAAAGGGGAGAAAAGUAUCACAUUGGGAACAAUUAGCCAACCUAAAAAAGAGUACGAGAUCAGCUUAAUCAGUGAGAAUAUCCUGCACUAAACAUAUGUGCUGGGUUUGGUUAUAAGGUACCAAUUAGCUUCUAAACAACUCAUGUGUAAAAUGAGGGGUGUGGACCAGCCUUUUGCUAAGACCCUUUCAAGGCCUGGUGUUCUAGUGAAAACGGUGUGAAUGUGGAAAAGGGAGGCUCUUUACACACUGUUAUUGUCACACUUGAAAAAAUGUACAGCCUUGUGAAAGAAUAACCAGCUGUGUGUAAGAAAUUGUCCCACGCAAAUUACCGUGUAAGUAGAAGAGAGAAACACUGUAACUCCCAUGCCCUCCUUCCCCUCUGACCACGCCUGGGGUUUCACUGCAUUGGCGACUGCAAUCUGAAGGUAAACACCUGCUCAACAGGAGGUGCGGUAAGCCUUACAGACACAUUACAGUUCAUCGGCCUACCUAUUUGAUCAUCGUAGCAAGCCGUUAGGGUUUCUUCCCCAGUUUACGAAAAAAUUAACUGAGGGGCAGGAGAGUCACUUGACCCCUGGUUCUUGUUUCACCGCAUCAUCCUGCUGUCAGAUGAAUAAACUGUUAUUAAUUUGUUUACUUUGGAAGUGAUAUGACUGUAAAUAAAUAUUCUCUACAUGUUA